UGUCACUCGUCUUGAUGAGCUCAUGGAUGCAUCUCCCGUGCGUGAGCAUCAAGACGUAACUAUGACAACCGCCAAACGGCCGGCGCGUCACACCUUUUCCUCCGUCCGUCGCGCCUCGGGAGGACCGAAGGGAAGCAGGACUCCACAGGUCGCUGUGGUCCGAACCUGAGGCCCGCGCGGGGGGGGGGGGGCGUGUUCAGCUUCCAUCCCUUUUUUUUUUUUUUUUUUUCUCCAUUUCCCUCCAUUGAUCACCUCGGUGUGGAAGGCGGGUCCUGUGACGUCACCUGCGUCAGCUGAGCGAAAAGAAAAGAGGACGGAAACGACGGGAUGGAAACGGGGCAGAAGAUGCGGUGAGAGGACGCGCGGAGCUGCGGGCAGACAUGGAGGGCUCCACGGUGGAAGACCACAAACAGAAGCUGCUGUGGAACGUGAAGCGCGAGGUGAAGCAGAUCAUGGAGGAGGCGGUGACUAAGAAAUUUGUCCACGAGGACAGCAGCCACAUCAUCGCUCUGUGCACCGCCAUCGAGGCCUGCCUGGGUCACCUGCUGAAGAGGCGGGCGGCCGGCUUCCUCCGCAGCGACAAGAUCGCCGCCCUCUUCACCAAGGUCGGCAAGGUCUACGACACGACCGGCGACGUGUGCCGCAAAGUGCAGGAGCAGCUCCAGCAGCAGGCCGAGCUCACCAGGAGAACCCAGAGCGCCGGCCACGAGCCUCUGAGGAGGCAGGGCUCCUCCUCCACCACCAUCACCAGCCGCCCCCCCCAGCCGCUCUCCGCCCAGGCCAUCAAACACAUCUGGGUCCGCACGGCGCUCUUCGAGAAGGUCCUGGACAAGAUCGUGCAGCACAUCGUGGACAACUCCAGUAAAUACUAUGAGAGGGACGCUCUGAUGCACGACUCGGUGUUCGGCCCCAUCCUGGCGGCGCUGCUGGUGGGUCCCUGCGCUCUGGAGUACACCAAACUCAAGACCUCGGACCACUUCUGGACCGACCCGUCGGCCAACGAGCUGGUCCAGCGCCACCGUAUCCACGGCGCCCACCGGUGCCAGGACGCCUCGGCCGGCCGCCGGCCCGCCCUCGGGAUCCGGAAGAGGCAGUCGAGCGUCAGCAUGUCGGACGACCGGUUCGCUGCGUCGGCGAGAGAGUACGUGGAGUCUCUGCACCAGAACUCCAGGAGCCACCUCCUCUACGGCAAGAACAACGUGCUGGUGCAGCCGAAGAAGGACAUGGAGGUGCUGCGCGGCUACUUGUCGCUGCACCAGGCCGGCGAUAACCUCACCCUGAAGUGGACCCCCAACCAGCUGAUCAACGGCACGCUGGGGGACUGUGACCUGGAGAAGAGUAUCUACUGGGACUACGCACUCACGGUCCCCCUGCGGCAGAUCGUCUGCAUCCACUGUCACCAACGGCCUGAUUGUGGGGGCACGCUGGUUCUGGUCAGUCAGGAUGGAAUCCAGCGACCGCCCCUCCACUUCCCCCCCGGCGGUCACCUGCUGGCUUUCCUCUCCUGCCUGGAAACGGGCCUUUUACCGCGGGGUCAGCUGGAGCCCCCCCUCUGGUCCCAGAAAGGCAAGGGGAAAGUGUUCCCUAAACUGAGGAAGAGGAGCAGCACCGCCAGGCUCCUGGACCAGGACGGCGAGGAGCAGACUGCCGCAGACUACGUGUUCCGCAUCGUGUACCCCGGUUCCCGCCAAGACGCCAUCACCAUAAACUACCACCACACCACGGGCAGCCGCGCGCCGUCGCUGGACGACGACGAGGAAGAGGAAGAUAGGCUCCAUGCUAUGAUCUCAAUGAUCUGCUCGCGGAACCUCACAGACCCUAAUGUCAUGAAAGACCACGGGGAGAUGAUGGAGAUGCAGGGAUUUGGAGGCAGCCCGUCGUCGUGGCAACCGGCGGAAGGAGCCGCCCCCGAGCCGCUGUGUCUGUCCUGCUCGGCGGCGGGCAGCGACGUGUCGUUCGACUUCUCGGCCGGCUGCACCUGCGUGCACACCACGUCGGACAUCCACACGGUUCCUCUUAAGAUGCUCUGCCAGAACAUGAAGAGGCAGAUUGUGUCCAGAGCCUUUUAUGGAUGGCUGGCCUACUGUCGUCACCUGUCCACGGUACGAACUCACCUGUCGGCUCUGGUCAACCACAACAUCGUCCCUCCGGACAGACCAUGCGAGGCCUCCGGGGGCCUCAGCAAGGAGGUGUGGAGCAAGUACCAGAAAGACUGCAAGAACUACAAGGAGCUGGAGCUGCUGCGGCUGGUUUAUUACGGCGGCGUGCAGCACGACAUCAGGAAGGAGGUGUGGCCUUUCCUGCUGGGUCACUACAAGUUCGGCAUGGCCAAGAAGGACAUGGGCCAGAUUGACGGCAAGGUCAGCGAGCGCUACCAGCAGGUGAUGCGCGAGUGGAAGGCGUGCGAGGUGAUCGUCAGGCAGCGGGAGAAGGAGAUGCAGUCGGCCAUCUUCGCCAAGCUGUCGUCGGGCAGCAGCAUCGACAGUCACUUGCUGCGGCUCGUCCACCGGGACUCCACGCUCAGCAACGAGGUGUUCAUGUCCGUGGAUGAGCCCGACGCCGGGAGCCAGGAGACCCCCGGCGGGGAGGACGGCGGCCCCACCAUGACCACCCUGGUCCCCCCCGUCGCCCCGCCCGCGGAGGAGCGGCCGCAGGUGGAGUUCGACUCCCCCGACUCGGGCCUCCCCUCCUCCAGGAACUACUCGGUGACCUCCGCCCACUCCCAGAUCCUCUCCAGCAUCGAUGACGGCCAGAGCACGGAGGAGGAAGGCGGGGGCGCGGAGGAGGGCGGAACCACCGGCGGCGCCCUGGGGGGCUGCGUGGGGCCUCUGACCGAGGGCAGGCUGUGCAGCCAGCUGGACAAACUGGUGACCGGCGGGGGGGCCGCGGAGGCCUCGUGCCCGUCGCUCUCCUCGUACACGAUCGAGCUGCUGGACACCGUCGCCCUGAACCUCCACCGCAUCGACAAAGAUGUGCAGCGCUGUGACCGCAACUACUACUACUUCACCUCGGCCAACCUGGAGAAGCUACGCAACAUCAUGUGCAGCUACGUGUGGGAGCACCUGGAGAUGGGCUACGUCCAGGGCAUGUGCGACCUGCUGGCUCCACUCAUGGUCAUCCUGGACGAUGAGUGUCUGGCCUACAGCUGCUUCACCCAGCUGAUGAAGAGGAUGAGUCACAACUUCCCCAAUGGAGGAGCCAUGGACACUCACUUCGCCAACAUGCGGUCCCUGAUCCAGAUCCUGGACUCGGAGCUGUUUGAGCUCAUGCAGCAGAACGGAGACUACACUCACUUCUACUUCUGCUACCGCUGGUUUCUGCUGGACUUCAAGCGAGAGCUCCUGUACGAGGACGUGUUCGCCGUGUGGGAGGUGAUCUGGGUGGCUCCCAGGAUCUCCUCGCAGGACUUUGUCCUCUUCCUGGCGUUGGCCCUGGUCACAGUUUACCGCGACAUCAUCAUGGACAACAACAUGGACUUCACCGACAUCAUCAAGUUCUUCAAUGAGAUGGCCGAGCGCCACGACGUCCAGCACAUCCUGAAGGUGGCACGCGAGCUGGUGCACCGAGUCCAGUCUCUGAUGGACAACAAGUGACCAUAGAGCAGGAGGAGCAGGAGGGACCACUCAGCUCCUCCUCUCAUCCCGUGGAGGGACCAGAGGGACUCCUGGUGUCUCCUCACUGCCAGUGGGGGGGGGGGGGGGGGGGCAGAGGCCUCCGGAGCUCGAUCUGUUUACAUUGUUCCUCAUGGAAUGCCCGUGUGUCCGUUCAGACAUCUGUCUGCAUGCUUGUGAGUUUGGUCCCACUGACGACCCCCCCACCUCCAUCCAACCCCCCCACCUCCUCCUCCACCCCCCCACCUCCUCCUCCCUCUCGACGUUGUGAGCGGAGCAGAAGACUGAGCCACGAAGAAGCUUUCAUCAGUGACCAAAUGGACUGUGCCAACGUUUUCUACAGCUAGCAUGUGUGUGUUACUCCCUUCCUUACUCCCUCCCGACUGCUUCCUCACUCCCUCCUCUCCUCUCUCCUUCUGUCCAACGUGGCCUUUACGUGUGGCCGCGCGGCACUCGGCUGCACCUCCUCGAGGAGGCGACCGGUUGAGGGACGGCGGAUGAAUUGCAGCCAUGUUUCCGAGUGGAGGCUCAGCAGUGAAGCACACGACCUUCCUCCGCGCUGUAAUAUCAACACACUAUUCCUUAAUAUUACUCUGUUUAGUAGCGCAAUAGCUUUGGAAGACUAUUUAAAAGAAUAUUUACAAUUAAUAUAAUCUUUACAAUCAGCAAUUGACACAGUAGAAUAAAACAUCAACCCUACUUUGGUCUUUUAUUAUGACCUCAUCAUUUCUUUUACAAAGAAAAAUAUUUUAUAUUUAGGAACAAACAUUAGGUUCAAAUAAAAGCAUUUAGGAUCAUCCAAAACCUUUUACAUCGUGAUGUUGAGUAACACAAAUUAAAAACUUUUAAGACGUAUUUUCAAAGACGUUUUCUAGCAUUUGAAAAGAUGAAACUGGAAAUUAAUCCAUUAUUAGCAUUGUUCUAGAUUUGUGUUUGGUAAAAGCGUUGAUGGAGGGUACGAGAAUGUGAAUAAACAUAUUUAUUAUGUUUAUAAAGAUGCUAAUUCCUGCGAGACAUUCAUCUGUUUCAACGAAUAAUAAUCAAACCUUUUAAACUCUGUGGCCUCAUCAUCACCAAUACCAAACACAGACAUUUAAAAUAUAAUGUCCUUUGAAAAGAAACCUUCACUCACUUUUUGUCUUUUAGUAAACUUUACAGGAGUAAAUAGUCAAUUUGAAGGGGAUUAUUUUCAGUGGCUCAUUAACGUGCAUUUGAAGUUAUUUGUAUUUACAGCAGCAAGUUUAUCUGUUUUUAAAACUGCAAAAUAUACAUAAUAGGAAAUAAUUAUGUAUUUACACACAAUAUUCUAUCUCGCAGUAGAACAUCAAAGCUGCAGACUUCUGGUCUUAGUACACACAA